ACUGCGUGAAAUAUGUUAUCGCUAAAGAAUGUUUACCAACAGUUCAGUCUGGCCUGCGGAGCCGAUGAAUGGCAUCGCUCCCAUGACUGAGAUCACUAUUUGAUUGUGGUAUUAUCCUCCGAUUGUUGACAAAACGAGACUGCACAGCAGUAGGCACUUUGAACUUGAUCAUUGCGCCGCGUGAAAUAGGAUCUGAGAUGUGAAUAUCCGUAGCGCAGGAUAAAUAAAAAAAUAUACUUACAUAAGUAUUUUAAAUCUUUCAUAUGCCUACCUUGGUAGUAGGUACGUAACUUGUGGGAAUACUAUAGAAGUAAAUAAAUUAAACUUUAUGGCGAAUACUUUGUGCUAACAGGAAAUGUGCUGUGAUUUUUGUGAUGUGAUUGCUUUUUUAGUUAAUCAAUGUGAAAGGGAAUCAAAACAAAGCAUCUAACCAACCCAGGAACCAUGCUCGAUCGAUUCAACUGCAGCCCCCGCCGGCUGGCCAGCAGGGCGCUCCCCAAGCUGCCCAUCCUGCGCUGGGCUCGCGGGUACUCCGCGGCGGCGGCGGCGGGGGACCUGGUGGCCGGCGCCACCGUCGCCAUGACGCUCAUACCGCAGUCUAUCGCCUACGCGUCUCUGGCUGGCCUAGAACCUCAGUACGGCCUAUACGCAUCCCUUGUGGGGGGGUUCGUCUACGCCUACCUGGGGACAUGUCCGCAAAUCAACAUUGGCCCCUCGGCCCUCAUAUCACUGCUGACUUUCACGUACACCAAUGGGACGAAUGCUGACUACGCUGUGCUGCUUUGUUUUGUUUCUGGUAUAGCGGAAGUGGUCGCAGGGAUAGCUCAGUUGGGGUUCCUCGUCCAGCUGGUCUCGCUACCCGUAGUGUCAGGGUUCACGUCAGCAGCCGCGCUGACCAUAGCCUCCUCCCAAGUAAAGGGGCUCCUGGGGCUGAGCUUCAAGUCGGAAUCGUUCAUAGACACCUGGCGAGGGGUGGUGACUCACAUCAAGGAGAUCAGACUAGCUGAUACAGGGCUCAGUCUGCUCUGCUGUCUGGUGCUCUUUGGCAUGAAGUCGUUGAAAGAUCAGCGCGCUCCCAAAUCUCUGAAGAAAGUGUUAUGGUUCAGUAGCGUAGCCAGAAAUGCAGUCGUGGUCAUUUUAGCCGCUACUUUAGCGUAUUUCCUUCAUAAAGACACUACUCACCCUUUAAUACUUACAGGUGAGAUAACCUCAGGUUUGCCGUCGCCCCGGCUGCCGUUCCUCAGCUCUGGCAACGGCACGUCCACGGCUCCCGUGAGCGCUAUGCUGCGGCACCUGGGCUCCGGUCUGCUGGUCGUGCCGCUCGUCAGCAUCAUCUCCAACGUCGCCAUCGCUAAGGCCUUUUCGAACGGUAAAACGUUGGAUGCGACUCAAGAGAUCAUAGCGCUGGGCGUCUGCAACGUGGUGGGCUCGUUUUUCUCCUCAUUUCCAAUAAACGGAUCCUUCACAAGAAGUGCUCUGAGCGACGCUUCGGGCGUCAGAACUCCCGCCGCCGGUUUUUACACCGGUUUGUUAGUGCUGCUGACUCUACUGUUCCUCACUCCACUGUUCUACUACAUACCGCGAGCAGCCUUCGCUUCUGUCAUCACGUGUGCUGUGCUGCACAUGGUGGAUGUAGAUAUCGUACGGAAGCUUUGGAGGGCUAAUAAAGUAGACGUGAUUCCCCUGGCGGCCACGUUCUCCCUGUGCCUGUCGCUCGGGGUGGAGGUGGGGUUGCUGUGCGGCGUGGCGGUGGACGCGCUGCUGCUGCUGCUCUACCACACCGCGCCGCCGCUGCAGCUGCAGUUCGUCCAUGACGGCGUACUACCUCCUCACCAUGCCAUAUACCCCGUUGGAGGCCUUCACUACGCAGGGGCAGAAAAAAUACGAUCAAAGCUUAUGAAAUUACAAGAUUCUAACGCAGAAUUUAAUCAAUCAAAGGCUGAAAAAAGUUCGAAGAAUGUGGUGAAAAGCAAUGAUACUGAAAGUUCAGUGGUGACCGUGAAAGUUCCUGAAAUAAAUAAUAUUCUGGUUGUCCACUGCAGCCGGCUGUAUAGAGUGGACUACACUGUAUUGCAGAGUCUAAAGAUGAUAGUCCAGGAGUGGCGCGGCAUCAUAGUGUGGUACUGCGCGAGCACCGCGCUCCGGCACCAGCUGGACUGCAGUAUGGAGGGACUGCGCUACUGCGACUCACAGGAGGAACUGCAGAGGACUCUUGGAGAGACCAGUCCCUCUGUUCCAUUACCUCAUGAUACAACGGCAGUGACGGGUGAAACGCGAUUAUAGAAUUCCUAAUAAGUUGGUAUACCUACAUAUUACUUAUAUAAUUAUUGUAAAUAAAUUGUAUUUAUAAAAUA